UGGUGGGGUGACAUUAAAAAAAAAACUGGAUGUCGUCCUCCCUGGCGAAGAACCAUCGAUUUCUUUAAUUUUGAAGAAUUUUAUUUCUUUUGUUAUGUACAUCUGCAAACAUUAUUCGCGGAAAGUUUUAGUGUUUCUUUCUUUGGAUUGUUCAUUAAAUUCAUUGUGACGUUUGUAUAAAAUCUUCGUAAAAGCAUCUCAUUAAAAUUGGUUACAUAUUUUGAUAAUAUUUUAAUAAAAAACAAAGAAAACAAAAUUGGUAGAGUAUUGGAGGCUGUGAAUAGAUAGUUAGCUCGUGAUUUUAAAACAAUAAUUGAUUUGUGUCCGGCAGUGAGUGAGAUUGUUACAUUAUAAAAUAAAAUUGAGAUUUCUCUCGACGCCAUGUUGUCAAUGUUGUUAUUUACUCGCUGACUUCGCUCAGUCAGUUCUGUUGUGAUAUGGGUAUAUUGUUUUGUGUCGCGAUUGCGUGAGUGAGCAUGUUGGAGGAUGUUCCCGUCCACGGAAGCCGAAACGACGUCAGGGAUCCUAAACCACCUACGCAUCAGAGGAACCUUAGCUUGGACUUUAGACAUGUGACGGGCGCUAGCGGGCCGCCUGCGGGAUGCGGCCACCAGAGGAACAGAUCCCUGGACUCUGUUCUCCAACGAAUACCGGAGGAUAUGACACCUACCUCGCCGGAGGGUGCGCCGCUUCGGAUACCCAUGGAAGCGCCCGCGCCGAGGCUCGCUCUACCUCCGGAAGUUCCCGCGGGUUCAGAUGACUCAGGAAUACAUACACCACCUGAUGGCGCGGAUGAAGAGAGGCCUCAACCACCAGCUGCUGCCAGAUCGAGGGAAAGUCUCGAUUCUGGCAACCCAGAAGACACAGACAAACCGCCCGAUCCACCGGACACAAUCGUCGAUCCUCCUAAAUCUGAACUAUCCGCCGCCGAGACAUCGAAAAACAAAGACUUUCUGUUACGGUUAUUUGAGAGUAAAUUGUUCGACAUGAGCAUGGCUAUCUCAUAUCUGUUCAAUUCAAAAGAGCCAGGUGUACAGACAUAUCUGGCGAACAAAUUGUUUUCAUUCCCUUACGAGGACGUGGACUUCUACAUGCCACAGUUGGCUACAAUGUAUAUAGAAAUGGGCGAUGUGGCGGACGUGCUUAAACCUUAUUUGGUGCACAGGUGUAAACAGAGUGCGGAGUUUUCACUUAGACUCGCGUGGUUGUUAACGGCAUUCGGUGGUGAUACGAAACGAUCUAAAGCGACAAAGUUGAGGGAUUCUAUCCUUGCGGAGGAGAUAAGACCGGCAGCGAGGAGAGGACAUCACAGGUCGCAGUCUGAUGCUUCAGCGUUACGGCUGGCGACCCCAUCUGGGAGGCACUUGGGAGACCUCGCGUCUGGGCGCGCAUUUGACAAUGGAUGCCUCUGUGGAGAGCAGUGUUCGUGUGGUGCGCCGCGGUUAGCUCCGCAAACGCAGUUCCUAAACUCGCUGACGAGCAUCGGGCGCCGUCUAGCCGGGGUGGCGGACAAGGAGCGGCGGAACGGCCGGCUGCGGGCCGAACUUGCCGCGCUCGACCUGAACCUGCCGGCCCGUGUGUGGCUGCCCUUACACCAACGACCUCACUACGUGCUAAGGAUACCCCCGCACGCGGCCGCAGUGCUCAAUAGCAAAGAUAAGGCACCCUACAUAAUGUACGUGGAGGUUUUGGAAACCGACGGCCAUGAGCCUUUACCACCGCGUCUACUGCCCCCCGCCCCGCCCGCGCCCCACUCCCCCCCGAUACGACACACGAAGAGCGAAGAGAACCUAGUACCUGAGUGGCCUGUGUGGUCGCUGUACUCCGCUUUAGAUGACGUGGACGCCGGUGAUUGCUGGAGUCACGAUGAUGAGGAGUUGAGCACGCAGUAUUCGCAGAGAGCGCCCGCGCCCGACAGCGUUUCGCAGGUAUCAGCAGCAUCAGCGUUAUCAACGUCAUCAUGCGGGUCUCGAGAAUCAGUGGCGGUGGGGGCGGGCGAGGUGAGGAGAAGGCUGGCGGACGCUACCGCGGCGCAACCGCCGAACGCUUUCAAACACGAUCCAGCUGAUCCAUCCGCUACCGCCUUGAAGGAGUCGUGGGAAAGUAAGUUGGCGAGAAUGAGAUCAUCAUCACCAUACGGUUCCCUCGCCGGCUGGCGGUUACUCGGCUGCAUAGUCAAAGUGGGAGACGACCUGCGACAAGAGAUGUUGGCGGCGCAACUUCUGAGGAGGCUUCAAGCCGUCUGGGCACAAGAACGAGUGCCGUUGAAGCUACAUCCCUAUGAGAUACUGUGCCUGGAUAAGGAAUCUGGACUCAUCCAGCCGGUAUUAAAUUCGGUGUCCCUUCACCAAAUCAAGAAGCAGUCGGGCAAGUCGCUCCGGGCGUGGCUGGAGCUGGAGCACGGGCCUCCCAACAGCGAGGGCUUCCUGCGAGCUCAGAACAACUUCGUGGAGUCUGCGGCCGCGUACGCACUCACCAGUUACCUGCUACAGCUGAAAGAUAGACACAACGGUAACAUUCUGCUGGACAGCGCGGGACACAUAAUACACAUCGACUUUGGUUUCAUAUUCUCGAUAUCUCCCAAAAAUUUGGGCUUUGAGAGUUCACCAUUCAAGUUAACGACGGAGUUCGUGGAAGUGAUGGACGGCAGCCAAUCUGAUAUGUUCCAGUACUUCAAGAUAUUGAUCUUGCGCGGGCUCAUCGCUGCCAGGAAACACUGCGACCAGAUCAUACAUGUCGUGGAACUUAUGCGCAUGGGCGGUCAGCUAUCAUGUUUGCGCAGCAGCAGCGCCGUGUCGUCGUUCCGCGGCCGCUUCCACCUCGGCCGCACGGAGCCGCAGCUGCAGGCGCUCGUGGACAGAUUGGUAAGAGAUGCCCUCAACUCCCUCUCCACGCGGCUCUACGACAACUACCAGUACUACACCAACGGCAUACUGUGAGGCUCGCGGCCUGACGGUAAAGCCUAAUUUUCAUUACGUUACUCGUGCCGGCUACACGCUAUCGCCGAACUCGGAUAUGCCGACGCGAACGCGUGAACGUUGCGUAGUUUGUAUGAGUGAUUUUAUUUACCGCAAUGAAAAAUUAGCAAUGUAAUCCAAAAAAUGUCUAAUUAAUCCGGAGUAUUAAAAUUAAAGUGGAUAACACUCAACGGCUCACACUAUGUUUGUAUCGUGAGUCCAAUAACUCUGAAACGGCCAUAACACACCCAAAAUCGGAGACAAAUAUUUGUGAUCACGAGUACAAAUUUCGUCAAUUUUCGCCGUCGUACCCAUGUACGAAAACUUGACGUCAAGUCUUUGGCGAAUGAAUUAUGACUAUUUUAAUGUCACUAAUCUCGUAAUGAAAAUUAGGACAAUUAUGUUAACUUGAGAGCCGCACUGUUACGCGAAUUAUUUCUCUUUCGCUCGUUAUGGAAGUUUAUAGACGUGCGAAAGGGAACGUGAUAGUUCGGUGCUAUAAUGCGGCCAUAGAGUAACGAUCUAACGUAACUACAGGCGAUGCAUUGAAUUUACUGUCCAAAUUGUAUGGCUAUCAGUACUAGGCAUCAUUUUCAAAUGAAAAAUUUCGAUUUUUAGAAACUAAAUAUCUGUUAUAUCCACCCCUUUUUGAUAAAAGAUUAUCAAAAGCUUGAUAAACUAAUUUUAGCAAUAUGUUUUGUCCUAGUGAUGAUUUUACGCAUUUUUGAAUUGAUUUUCAGUGCGUUUUAUCUCGGGUUAUUUCAGUCAAAUAUUUUUUAAAAGACAAAACAUAUUUCUUUGAAAGUGGGUUUAGUAAACAAUUGUUAUCUUUUACGAAUAGUUUGAGACCCGUUAUUUCCUAUGUUUAAUGUGAAAACUAUGAAUUUUGUAUAAGUUAAUAUCGUAAUUUUUUUAUAAAUUCGGUAGUUGGUUCCAGAUUCAUUACUUGUCUAUGUGACUAUAAAAUAAUUCUAUCGGUACAACAUUAACGAAACUGUAAAUUUUUCAAAAUGAUAAGUUGAGAUUUUAUAUUAUUAAUAUUAUUUUAAAUUACAAACUCGCCUUUCAUUGACUUGAAUGUGCGAAAACAGAAAAUUAAUUUUGUUUUUUAUUUAUUAAUUAUUUACGUGGUCUAUAAACGCUGAAAUUAUGGGCAAACACUAGUCAACACACCAAACAUUGUUAAUGAUUGCUAAAUCUAAAUUGUUAAAAUAUAUUUAAUUUUGAAAUAAACUAAAAAUUAAUUCAUUGGUGUUAAUAAUUAUCUGUAUUAUCAUUACGAAUAAAUAAAAUUUAUGUACCUAUAUAAGACACAAUGGCAGUAGUUCCAUAUUUGGCAGUUAAUCGUCGCAAAUUAUAAAUGAAAUCAACUAAAAUUUCACAUAAGCCGUGUAGGUAUUUAUGUUUUCGUACGCACUGAUCAGUCUUAAAAUGUUUGCUUACUAUGUUUUCCCCGAUUUCGACUUACUACAAUAUUGACUGAAUGUUUUAGAAGAAAGUCUUUCAGUUCAGUUACGAUAAUACUUGACUCAAAGAUGUCAUGCUUUCAUUUUUAAUUAAAAUAUGAUUUAAUCUUUUGAUUGUGUAUAAUACAACCAAAUCGAUUCAUGGGACGAACAUUGAAAAAUAUAUUCUAUCAUUAUAAUUUAUAACUCUUGAUGAGUAUGUACUAUUCCUAGGUCAGAUAUAUAUAGUUAUUGUGUAUAGUUUGAAACAGUCCUUUAUCAUGCAUGCAAAUAUAUUCAUGUAGCCUUGUAAACUAGUGCCAUAAUCCGCUGUCACUGUACCUAUGAAAUUAUCCUUGUUUUGCUCAAAUCACUGCAUACCAUUAAUCUACACGAGAAAUGUGGACUAAAAUGUAAAAUUCUUAUUUUAGAUUUGUGAGUAUAAUUUUUUAUUAUGUUUGAGCUGGUCUAAAAUGAUAGUUUGCGUAGUAUCAGUCGAAGUAUGGUCAACUAAACAUAUACAACCACAAUUUAAUGUAAGACAAUCGUAAAAUUAGCUUAUAUUUUAGUCUACAUUCCACAAUACUUUGACCCGUCCAGUCUAGUUACUUUCUAGUUCCCCGUAGCGCUUUGUAAAAACAGACAGAUUAAAAUUAUUUUAUGUAAAAAAGUCCACUUAGGAAUGUUAAAUUCUUGAAAAAACAAGUGUAAAUAGUAUAAUGAUUAUGAUAAUUUUCGCAAAGAGAAGACUGAUUGUUCAGGCAUGAAAAGUGGUUUAGUUAUAAAUUUCUUAUCCGUAUAAUCUUAAGUUUUAACAUGUAUAUUGAAAUUAAUUGUUUAAUAACGGAAUUUGAUGUUUCCGAUUGUGUGUAAUGCCAAAGCAUUGAAGACAAAAAAAGGCAUUAUUUAGGUGAAAUAAGGAAAAGAAAAUUAUUGAGUUUGUGGCAUUAGAUAGGAAAGUCGGGGACACCAAAUUGUAUGGUGAAUCUGUUAAAUUAAGGAGUUUUAAAAUAAAUUUAUCGGUGUUGUACGAUUGUUUGAUGUUGCUGGUGCGGUGUACGGCACUGUACCGUCGUUAUAUUUAUAUUUCACUAUUCGGUAAUGCCAUAUCGGAUAUGUGGAUAUUGCUAGUAAUGUCGCAAACUAAAAAACUAUCGGCGGUUCCGUGCCAUUGUGGCUGAGAUAUUGUUAUAGGAUUGCCUUUAGAUAAUUUAUUACUUAUAUGUGCGGGACACCUAGUUAAAAUUAUUGGCAAAUAGCAGAUGAUGCGAACGUAUUACCGCUUCAUCACAUAUAUAUAAGACAAUGGCUUGAUUAUUCGUGUUCCAUUUUGUCAAGAAGUUGUAUGGCGAUGGCGAACCAAUAAAUAUUUGGCGCUUAGUCAGAAAUCGCGAGUGAGAUGUUUGUUGCCAAAUUUUAAGCGAUAAUUAAACUGAGCAUAUGUGCUACUAUUUUUCGACUUGUCCAAUUCAUGUUCCAGUUUCACUAUAAUAUUAGCAAUAAGGUGUUGAGCAUGUAAACCCAUGUACUCAUUAUAAUCAUAGUUUGUAAACAGCUAUAGAAUUAAGUUUUAUAUUGAGAACAUGGCUUUAUUUUAUCUCCUUUUUGUAUAUCCUGAUUGUGUUGUAGUUCGUAAAAUAUAUCUUAGUUUUGGAACAAUUUAAUAUUGACUCUUUCCGAUAUUUGAAAUAGUAAUAAUGAGUGUAAAACAUGUAAUGAUAAUUCGCUAAAUGAACUACCGAGCUAAAUAUUAGGAUCGUUAAAUUCACGUGCAUAUUGCAACGACACCAACGUUAUAUUUUCUCAAUUUAAUAGAGAUUCAGUAAAAAAUGUGACAAUUUUGUGAUUUAAUAUAAGAUUUGUGGUCCCAAUAUUUGGUUAGUAGUCUUAAUAAAAUCGCAGCAAUAAUUGUUGUAUUUUUUUGCUGUUUAAAUAUUUCUACUUAUUUUGAACCCGUAAAAGUAAUUCGCUAGAUUGCUCAUUGCUUCUUUAAAAUAAUCCUAUAUCUGAAUGUGUGUGAAUUAUUGUGAAUAGUUUUAAUGGACUUGUAGAUAGGAUGUAAUAAAGUACCUUUUAAGCUCUAUAUACACUCGUGUCUCGAUUUCACGCAAAUGCUAAUAUUAAGUAUAUACGUGAAACUAUCUACAUUUGCGUUACGCGGUGUUCGCGGCGCGAGUAUAUCUGGGGCUCUAGAUUUUAUCCACGGGAAUCAUUUAUAGUCGCAUACUAUUGUUUAGUUAGAGAUAAAUCUGUAAAUAAAUUGUUCGCUUAUGAUAUUGUUCAUACUAUUCCGAAUAAAAAUAUUAUAUCCUAUGUCCAGAUAAAAAUCCUCAGAAGUUAUUUAUCAACAUGUACAGAUAAUUGUAAGUAGGUACAUACUCUAAUGUUUAUCUUAAUUUUUUAAAUAUACAUUAUAUCAUGAUUUUU